AUGGUCUUGAAGACUGACCGCCUGCCGGAUAUCGUUCAAGAUUUCCUGAGACAUGCUGAUACCCUGUGGAAACUUGUAGGAAAAGCGACGUGGGAGGUCGUCGAGGAUAUCAAAGCCAUGCUUUAUGACACCGAAAGUACCCAAUACCAUGCCAGAUUGGAGGAACUCCGCAACGACGAUGCUUGUCGAUUCCUGCUCAAACAUCCUGCCUUCAUCGACUGGUAUGGUGCUUCCGACUCCCAGUGGCUGGCGGUCCUGGGUGACAUGGGCUCUGGGAAAACGGUAUCCAUGGCAUUUCUUGUGGACGAGCUGAGCCGAAGAAAUGAGUGCCAAAUACCACCACCCAAGACAUGCUACUACUACUGCCGAGACGCUCAGUCUGGCCAGGCUGGCCCCAUGUUCUCUACGCUGAUCCUAGCGCUCCUUGAACAGCUCCCUGGUCUAAAGAAGACGUUCUAUGAAUGGCAUAGGCAGAAUCAGGCUUCUGGGGUCCUUCAGCCACAAACGAACACAAGCAAGCUGGGGCAGUUCCUGGAAACGCUGCUGCAGACUCUCGAUCGUCCAAUCUUCGUCGUCAUUGACGGUCUGGAUGAGUGCGAUAGAGGAUCGCGAAAGGCUCUUUUGAAACUGCUGACGACGUUAUCACAGAAAACUCCGAGGCUCAAAAUUCUACUUUCUUCACAGCCUGAAGAAGAGAUUUCAAAGCAGCUCAGGGCAGUGGCUGGGAUUUAUCUGAGUUCCGACCUGCACAGGGAUACCCUGAUUGUCCGCCACACAGUCGAGACGCGGCUGGAUCAUCUCUCGGAAGAUGUCAGAGAACUGCUGAUAAAGGCGGUACCUCCCUUUUCGCAAGCUAAGCGCCGUGGGGCCGAUGCGACGUUUCUUGGAGGAAUUUCCCUUGUCGGAGCAGCUUUCGAAGCUCUAUCUCCCAUGAUCGCACGACAAUCAUCAGAUGUUUUCGAGAAUAAGGAGCUUGUCGCUACCGCAUUGAUGCUCCUGGCUGCUGCGCGGAGGCCACUCAGCGUACAAGAACUCGCUUGGGCUGUAGCGUUGGCUACAGCUCAACAUCAAGUCACCACUGUCAACGCUCCGGCCCAGCUGGUAGACCACGAGAGGCGUCAAGUCCGACUCGUACACCAAUCGGUGAAGGACUUCAUAACACGAGACUGGGCCCGUCUGCCAGAGCCUACGACAUCAACAGGACUUGACCGGAUGAAUGAGAGUCAGCAAUUCGAGACCCCAAAGGCGUUCACCUUGGAUGUCUGCAUGAAUUACCUCCUGUUAGAUGAAAUCGGCAGCUUUCAUCUAUUUUCUGAACAGCAGGUUGCAAUCAAUGAGCUGCCCCAGGAAUUCGACUUAUUCGAGGACACCGACCUAUCCGAGUAUGAUCCAUAUUGCACGUGGGAGGUCUGGGGAGAGAACAUGAUACGGUACGAUCCGAACGAACGAGGCUUCGGGCAGUUCUUCGUAUACGCAGCGAGCCAUUGGACCGAGCAUUUUGGCGGCGUCCAGGGUGGGAAUCUGGAACGCCUGGCAAAGGUCGAGCGCCUAUGCGAAGCGAGUUCGACUCGACUCGACAAUUGGAUCAACCAAAACUGCCGUCCAGGUUGCGCUAUCCUCUCCAGGUUUGGGUUUGACAGUCGAUUGUAUGAUCCUCCCAGCAUUACUUCGCUUUACGGUUCGAAGGCCCUGCUGUGCGAUAUGCUCCAGCAUUCGGACUUCGACGCAGAGAGGUUUCUUCCAACACCAGCCUUCAACGCUGCCGACCAACUUCUUCAGUGGGGCGACUUGUCCGGGCUCAGGAUACUCUUCCUGGAAGACAAAUUCAGUCACCGGCUUCGGAAUCUCGGAUUUUUCAGCCUCAUCAUAAGGCAAUGGUCUGUUAACCGUGAACGCCAUGAUGACUGGGACGUGGCUUUUGGACUUGUCGACUACAUGUUGGACACAAUCGUUCGGGACCGAUGGGGCAGCGAACUUUUCUGCAUAGCUGCUCGCGCUGGCUGUAUGCCCCUGGUCCAGCAUUUGCUGCACAGAGCUCAACACAAGACAGAGCUACGGACAGAAUUGCUGCGUGACCCUCAAUCGAUCGCACAGGCUGUCUCGGCAAACCAUAUUGAGGUGGUAGAGUAUUUGCUGGGGCAGGAAGGCCUCGAAGCCCACGUCAAAUACGUCAAUGCCCGUGGUGAGAACCUCCUGCACCUGGCAUCGAAGACCCGCAACCCGGCGAUGCUCUGCCUUCUGGUACCCCAUGUCCAAGAGAGCGGCCGCACGAGUAUCAUUAUUCUCAGAUGA